CAUGCGCGGGCGACGGGCCUAAGCUGAGGGAAGCGCGGGGCGAGGUGUCGCCAGUGCCAGAGUAGGACGAACCGAGUGCCGCUUUGGCCUUUGCCUUUGCCUUCGCCUUCACAUCACCAGGACCAGCCACCGCUGCCGAUUCCAGCACAUCGCCCCCACCCCAACCCCUCCUGGUCUGAUGGCGGCUGCCAAGGAAGUUCAGGAGGAGCAUGAAACGCUCACCGAAAACAUGGACGAUGCCAACCACGAUCCCCUGUUUGAGCACCUCGUCUCUCUGCCGGAGCAGGAGAUUAAGACCCUGGAGGAAGACGAAGAUGAGCUUUUUAAGAUGCGAGCAAAGCUGUUCCGAUUUGCGUCUGAGAAUGACCUUCCGCAGUGGAAAGAGAGAGGGACAGGUGAUGUGAAGCUACUGAGACACAAGGAGAAAGGGACAAUUCGCCUCCUCAUGAGACGGGACAAGACUCUGAAGAUCUGCGCGAAUCACUAUAUAACCCCCCUGAUGGAGCUGAAGCCCAAUGCAGGCAGUGACCGGGCUUGGGUUUGGAACACACAUGCUGACUUUGCUGAUGAAAGUCGGAAGCCAGAGCUGCUGGCCAUCCGAUUCCUGAAUGCAGAAAAUGCCCAGAAGUUUAAGACAAAAUUCGAAGAAUGCCGGCAUGAGCUAGAACAACGAGAAAAGAAGGAAAUGAACCAAGAGAGAAGUUAUGACCAAAUGGCUAAGAAGUUAGAGGAUCUCUCCGUGAAGGAUAGUGGCCAAGAGUCUGAGCAAGAGAUCCAAGUGGAGAAGGCGCCUGAGACCCAGGAGAGCCAGGAGGCCCAAGAGAUCCAGGAAGAGCAAGAAACUGAGGCCCAGGAGAUCCAGGAUCAGGACACUGAGCAGCAAUAAGGCAUCUCAUCUCACCCUGGGCUAUACAUUCUUUCCUGUUUUUUUCUUUUCUUCAUUUUUGUUUCAUUUUUGCUUGUUUGUUUUUACAGGGGACUUUAUAUAAAGAACUGAAUUCCAGCCUCCAGGUUGUUUUCUAAGCUUUUAGCCUUUUGAAGAUGUUUUCUUCAGCAGACCCAUUCCCCAGUCAAAUGUACUGGACUCAUGCCAUUCUUUUCUGUAGUGGAAACACUUAUUUCUAGUACAUCCAAAAGAGUGAAUAAAACAUUUCAAAGCUGAAAAAAAAAAGCACUUCAAUUUAAGGAAAUACAUUACCAAGUCCUCAAAGUGACCUUUUAAAAUAAAUAGAUAGGGGGGCAGCUGGAUGGCUCAGUAGAUGGAAAGCCAGGCCUAGAUAGAUGGAGGAUCUUGGUUCAAAUCUGACCUCAGAUACUUUCUAGCUGUGUGACCCUAGACAAGUCACUUAACCUCAUUGCCUAGCCCUUACUGCUCUUCUGCCUUGUGACCAAUACCUAAUUGAUUCUAAGAUGGAAGGGAAGGUUGUUGUUGUUGUUGUUUUUUUUUAAUAAAUAGGUAUGGCAAGAUCUUUUACAUAGGACAAUAAUUUUAAGAGAGUUUAAAAUUAAAUAAUAAAAACAAAUUGAAAAGCUCAGUUGUCCACUGAAAAAAAGAUGUGAGGCUGUAUUUGGACAAUGCAAUACAAAUUGGUACUUGUUUCAUUCUGAGGUUGAUUUUCCCAGAGAUGAUUUUAACACCUGGUUUUUAUACCUGAACUACCUGUUUAUGAGAUACCAUUUAGCAUAAAUAUUAGCAUCUAUAGGGAAUAGAUUUUAUGAAAACAAAAUUUCCUCAUUAAUUGAUAGAGGCUGUGGUUUCUUAGUGCCAUUAUAAGUAGUCACUUUAGUUACAGUAUAACAGAAACUUAGUGUUGAAAGGGUCUUCAGACACUCAUUCAAACCAUACUUGACCACUAAUCCUUUAUGCAACAUGCUUGACAUAAGGAUUUUGCUUGAAACUGGGUAAUGAUGCCAUUUUUUGUGCUAGUCCUAUAUAUUUUCAGACAGGUCUGAUUGUAAGGAAUUUCCCCCUAGCAUUGAACCUAAAUAUGCCUCUCUACAAUUUCUCCACUGAACCAGAAAAUGCCUCUAAGAUGAAUCAAAAGGCAUUUAGUCCCUUUGUUAUACAACAGGAUGUCAAAUACUAGCAUAUUUGACAUACGUAAGGAUUAUUGAACAUUCUUCCUUUCUACAUAAUCUAUAAUCGAACUAUGCUUCUUUCUCACACAUGAUUUUCUCCUUUCUCUGUAUCUUUACAGUCUGUGUUCCAUGACUAUAUAUUAUCACCCAGUCCAUAGUACAUUUUGUCAAGAAAUGUAAUAUAGGAUUUUAUUUAUUUAUUUAUUAUCAAAUCCCCUCCCCUCUAAAUUCAAGUAUAUGUAUACUGAAUUACCUCAUUUACCAAUCUAAUGAUUCUUGAAAAAAAGAAAUGAAAAUAAUCUGACAUGGCUAACUUGCCAUGAGACUGUAUUGGUUCAAAAUGAUGCCUAUUUCCUUCAAUGAAUACUCAUGAAUUAUUUGUUUAAUAACUACAUAUUGUAGAUUUUAGAUAGGGUCAAAUUCAGACUCACCAGUCUAUAAUUCAAAUAUUCUAUUUUCUUCUUCUUCAAAACUUAAGAAACUAUUUUUAAAAUCUUAUCUUGCAGCAUUUAUCCUUUCUCCAUGAAUUUUUUUAAUCUUUUGCCUUUUCUCCUAUUAUCAAACCUAAAAUAAAAGAGCAGCAAGAACUAGUGACUUGAUUAGAAUCACACAGCUAGGAAGUGUCUAAGGUCAAAUUUGAAUCCAGGUCCUCCUCUCUAGGCCUGGUGCUCUUAUCUACUGUGCUACCUAGUUGUCCCUUUCCAUGAGUUUUAAAGGAUUAUUAACCAACAAUAACAGCUAAAUAAUCAUCUUACAAGAUUUUUUUUCUGAUACUUUGAGUUAUGUUUCAUUGAGGACUAAUGAAUUGGUAUCUCCUCAGUAACCUGGGUGUCAGUUUCUUGUUAUGCACUUCUCCCCCCUACAAUACACACACUAUUUUUUUUCUAAUCCUAAAAUUAUUCUUCACAUAGAAAACAAAAGCAAAAUAAAAGUUUUAUUUUUCUGCAGAAAUGCUUUCUAGUUUCUCCAUCAACUAUUCUUUAACAGUAGGCUCUAUAAGUAAUUUAUGUUCUUCUAAAUCUUCCUCAUCCAAUCUAUUCCAAUGAUAUAGUCUUGUAUUUUCUUUUACAAUAUAGCUUGAUUAUUUUUGCUUUAUAAUAUGAUCCAAGGUCUUGAAGUGGUUUUUUUCCCCCUACUGCUUUUAACUGAACAUUCUCUUAAUCAGAUCUUUGAGUCUAAACAAACAUAUUCUUUCCUGGUCUUCACUGCAUACAAUCCAUUCCUCACCAAAAUCUCUUCAUUAUAGUAUUUUAAUCCUUUUAGAAAUUUAAAUCUUGUUUUCUUUGACUUUUCCUUCAAAUUCUUAUUAACUUUUAAAAAUUA